ACACGAACAAAAUAGCGCUUUGACUGUUUGCAUCUAGAUACAGCAAAGGUGAAAAAAAUCCUAUUGUGGUAAGCCAGAUUUGAUCCAAUUAUUUCAGGAUCAAGUUUAUUCCUUGUUGAGUUUGAAUUUAUGGUGGCUCUGUAACUUCGAUGGAUCUGCUGGGAGACGAUGGCGUCGGUUACGAGCUUGCGAAGAAGUUAGAGAGCAACGGGGGCUGGCGAGCAUGGCUGGGAGACUCUCAUUACAUGCAAAUGGCGCCGUACUUAAAUAGUUUUUCGGCAUGGAAAAAUUUCAUGUCUAAUGUAGACAAAGAGGGAAAUAAAUCAAAUGCCCAAAUCCAUUUGCAGCUCAGGGUUAGAGCUCUCCUCUUCGACAAGGCUGCUGCUUCCCUUUACUUACGAUCCUCUUCCUCUGCAUCUCUUGCCUCUCUGCACCCUUCAUAUCUACAAUUGCAUGCUGAUGACAUUUAUUACUCUUUGGAGGAAGAUGUGGAUGACUGGCACCGAUUGGAAGCAAAGGCUCCGUCGACAACAAAAGCUCUUCAAACGAAGGACAUUGAAAGGAAUUCUUCUGCUAGGUCCAGAUUCAUAGCAAACGAGGUUGAAGGUGCUUCUUCAAGGUCUAAAAAUGGUGACUUAUUGGACACAUGGUACAGUCAGUGGCGUGAAAAACAUUUGAAGGAUAGAAUGCAACGGUUUUCAUGGCGCCUGGGUCAACGAGAACUUCCAUUUGGAGACCGAGAUACUUAUAGACGAACACCUGAAGGGAUGUCUGCAUAUUUGAUGUUUUCGGAGAAACACAGAAAGAAACGUAGAGUUACCAAACUGGACAGAGAGUUGCAUUCUGCCAAUUCGGGUAGAGAAAAUGUUUCAGGAAUUCAAGCUGAAUGUAUAGUAGAAACCGGUUGUUCAGUGGAUGAAGAAAUAUGCUUUUUCCCAGAGACAAUGUUUCCAUCUAAUUGUGUGCCAGACAGCUCAGUUCCUGGACGAGAUAAAGAGGAUGAGAAUCCUACUGUAGAAGUUCCUGGUAUUUUUGAAAAUCUUCCAUUUGAAACAACUCGAAGCCCAUUGUUGAUUGAAAGGUUUGGUAUGGGUUCAGAGUACUUAAGUCUUGGCAGUAGGAAGGUUGACAAUACUGGAAAGGGCAUGGCAGCUAGCAAAAGAAAAAGGUUCAGUGAAGAAGAGGCAACACACAGAGCUCGUCAAACUGUAGUAAGAAUAGUUGGAGCUGCGGGCUUUGAAGGCUUAAGAGAAGGAUCAAUGGAUGUGCUUUCUCAGUUGCUAAGCUGCCAUAUCUGCAAACUAGGUCGAACCUUGAGGUUGUUGGCAGAUAGCUUUAGAAACCAUUAUGCUCAAAUUGAACUUCUAAGAAUGUUUUUACAUACUAUUGGAUACAGUAAUCUUGGAACAUUGAUGGAUUAUAUAAAAUCUGAGAAAAGACUUUCUUCUCAACAAACACAGCAGCAAUUUGGACGAGUCACACAGACACAACGGCCUAUAAUUGCACCACACGUUCAACAGUUGCAGAGACAACUAUCUCAGCAAAAUAUGACACAGACAACCCAGCAGUUGAGACGCAAACAAGUUUUAACGUCUCACAGCUUUGCAAGAAAGUUGGAGAAAGACAGGACUAUAGGUGAUGUCAAAUUGGAAACUUCCAAUGAUUCUGGAGCAGAUUGCAAAGUGGGAGCUCCACUAGUUUCACAGCAUCAUGCACAAUGGCAACAGCAACAGCAACAGCAACAACAAUCAGUUCAAGUGUCUCACCAUUCCCAAUCUCUGCCACAAUUUAAGCAGCAUUCUUCACUGCAACUUGCUCAAAUUCCGCAACAGGUAUUUUCACGGGACAUUGUUCAAAUGAGGUCACAACCUGUGAAGGUUGAAGGCUUUCAAGAAUUGAUGGGAGGUGAAGUAAAUGUGAAAGAAACUGAUGAUGAAAUAGGGCGCACAUUGAUUUCUCCAAGAAAAUUAUAAAGAUCUGUAUUUUCUGAUGCUAGUGAUUUACAUUAUGUUGUAGAACUGUAUAUAAGUAGUCUGUAUCUUAAGCAAUCCAGUGCUUCCCUUCUAUGUGGAAUCUAUUGAUUUUUUCGCUAAAUUAUGGUAAUGAUGUUAAAUUUUACACUUUACCAUCUACAUAAAUUUCUAUUUUAAUGGGAAAUUUAGGUAACUGGAACAGUUCAAUAGCCAAUCAUACAACAUUGAAUGGCAGCAGUAGAUGUUUAGUUGUGCUAUCCUAUUGUGACUUGCUAAAGAUGUAGAGGCAGUGCCUCCCAUAUUAUCAACAACUCGUACAAUUGUGAUUUUUAUUUUAUAUAGUGAUAUUAUUGUGGCAUCUCUUAACAUCA